CCAGGUCGCACUUACGUUUGUUACGUAUCAUAUAACAAGUAUAUAAUUAAAUACCCUGUGUAAAAUGGAGAAGGUUUAUGACUAUGUUGUUGUCGGUUGCGGUGGAAUAGGAAGCGCAGCUUUAUACUGGCUCUCUAAACGUGCUGGAUCAGGUGUACUUGGAUUAGAACAAUUUGAACUCGGUCACGACAAUGGAGGUUCCCAAGACCACUCCAGAAUCAUACGUAUGGCUUAUCAUGAUGACAUAUACACUAAGCUGACACCUGAAAUUUACAAAACGUUUGCUGUGGUAGAGGAGGAAUCAGGAAUACAGCUGGUCUAUAGGACAGGAGGGUUGCUGUUAGCCAAGAAAGGAGAGACCGAAAACCUCGCCAGAAAAUAUGCCGACGCCAUGGCAACGCAUAAUAUACCGUGUGAAUGGUUAAGUGGAAGCCAGCUGCGGGACCGUUACCCACAAUUCACCACCGACGACAACUAUGUUGCUGUAUAUCAGAAAGAUGGCGGGCUUGUAGAUGCCGCAAUGACCAAUGCCGUGCAUAUUCAACUUGCACGUGGAAAUGGGGCUUCAGUUGUCGAGAACUGUGCCGUUUUGAGACUGACAAGAAACAAAACUGGCAAUGUCGCUAUUCAUACAUCUAAAGGUGAAUUCGUCUGUAAGAAAGUCGUAGUAACGUCAGGUGCUUGGAUAAAUCAUGUGGUAGGAUCUAUCGGCGUCCAUAUCCCUAUAUACGUUACACAAGAGCAAGUGACGUACCUGGCAACAUCGCAUAUGAAGGAAUAUGUAAAGGAAAAAUUUCCAAUAUUUUUUUAUCAUUCUUCCUCGCAUGAUAUUUACGGUAUGCCUAUCCAUGGCAACAGUGGCUUUAAGAUCGGUGUGGAUGCCGGUGGACCUUUUGUCACUCCCGAUACAAGGAGCUUUACGCCAGACCCAGUAAGGGAGAACCAAUGCAUAGAUUUUCUCCGUCAAGUAUUGCCGACGUCUGUGGGACCGAUUCUCUACAGCAAAACGUGUUUAUACACAAUGCCUCCCGAUCGGAACUUUGUUAUUGACACCUGUCACAAAACAGGGUUUGAUGAUGUCAUCAUAUGUAAUGGUGCCGGCCACGCUUACAAAUUUGCUGGUCUCCUUGGCAAGAUUCUGAGUGAAAUGGCAAUAGAUGGAAACACUCAGUACGACAUAUCGCCCUUCACACUGGACAGGGAAGCUCUGAAAGACCCAAACUAUACACCAGUUUUCUUCAUGGGUACUAGAAAUAAACUACCUAGUGGAAAAGAGAAGAACCAAGAUAAACCCAAGCAGGCUAAACUUUGAGUAUGGAAAAGUUGCAACCAAUAACGAAAGAACGUUCAAUGUAGUCAGUCUGGUAAUCAAAUUGACCAGAAGGUCAAGACAACAAUUAAAGCAACUUAAAGCAAAUUAUAAUUGCAAUUCACGUUUGGAUUUACAGUGAGCGGUCUAACAGGGAUCCAUUUAGGAAAUAUCAAAUUCAAAUUUCGUUACAUAUUCGGAUAAAAUUAUAUAGAUAAAAUUAUAUAGAGAGUCUUUCAGCUGUGCAAUAUAUUCGAGUGUUAUGUUAAUCAGUAACGGCAACUUCUACAUGAUCUUGCAAGUCCCAAACAUAGGAUAUACACCAUUCUGAAGGUCUCUCAAGAAAUGUCUGUAUUCGUACUGUUAUGAGAAUAAAAGUAGAAACGGAA